AUGAUCCGCAUCUUUCCGGAUUUCAGCGUGCAGGUGACGGCCGCGGCGGCCGGCGGGGCGGCCUCUGGGGUACCGGCCGGUGCAGGCAUGGGGAGGGCCGGCGCCGCGGCCAACGGCACCCCGCAGAACGUCCAGGGCAUCACCUCCUACCAGCAGCGAAUAACUGCCCAGCAUCCUCUGCCCAACCAAUCAGAAUGUAGGAAAAUCUACAGAUAUGACGGAAUCUACUGUGAAUCUACCUACCAGAAUUUACAAGCACUGAGAAAGGAGAAAUCCAGAGAUGCUGCUCGCUCCCGCAGGGGAAAAGAAAAUUUUGAGUUCUAUGAAUUGGCCAAGUUACUGCCUCUUCCUGCAGCCAUCACCAGCCAACUUGACAAGGCAUCCAUCAUUCGGCUUACUAUUAGCUAUUUGAAAAUGAGGGACUUUGCUAACCAAGGGGACCCUCCGUGGAAUUUGAGAAUGGAAGGUCCUCCACCAAACACCUCAGUGAAAGGGAUACAAAUGUGGAAAUCUGAACUCUGCAUGAGAAAGACACCAUGCGAAGGUGCACAACGAAGGAGAAGCCCCAGUGCACUUGCCAUUGAAGUAUUUGAAGCACAUUUGGGCAGUCAUAUUUUACAGUCCCUGGAUGGCUUUGUAUUUGCACUAAAUCAAGAAGGAAAAUUUUUGUAUAUUUCUGAAACAGUCUCCAUCUACCUAGGCCUCUCUCAAGUGGAGCUGACAGGCAGCAGCGUCUUUGACUAUGUCCACCCUGGGGACCAUGUGGAGAUGGCAGAACAGCUGGGCAUGAAGCUCCCACCCGGGCGGGGUCUCCUCUCACAGGGCACAGCAGAGGAUGGAGCCAGCUCAGCAUCUUCCUCCUCUCAGUCAGAGACCCCUGAGCCAGUGGAGUCAACCAGCCCCAGCUUGCUAACCACUGACAACACCCUUGAGCGCUCCUUUUUCAUCCGAAUGAAAUCUACUCUGACCAAACGCGGCGUGCACAUCAAAUCAUCAGGAUAUAAGGUGAUUCACAUAACAGGCCGGCUACGCCUAAGAGUGUCACUGUCCCAUGGGAGGACCGUCCCCAGCCAAAUCAUGGGUCUCGUGGUUGUGGCUCACGCCUUGCCUCCGCCAACAAUCAAUGAAGUCAGAAUUGACUGCCAUAUGUUCGUCACUCGAGUAAAUAUGGACCUCAAUAUCAUUUACUGUGAAAAUAGGAUUAGUGAUUACAUGGAUCUGACCCCCGUAGACAUCGUAGGGAAAAGAUGUUACCAUUUUAUUCAUGCCGAAGAUGUGGAGGGCAUCCGGCACAGUCAUCUGGACUUGCUGAAUAAGGGUCAGUGUGUGACAAAGUACUACCGCUGGAUGCAGAAGAAUGGGGGGUACAUCUGGAUACAGUCGAGUGCCACCAUAGCCAUCAACGCCAAGAAUGCAAACGAAAAGAACAUCAUCUGGGUGAAUUAUCUUCUUAGUAAUCCUGAGUACAAGGACACACCCAUGGACAUCGCACAGCUCCCCCACCUGCCAGAGAAAACUUCUGAAUCCUCCGAGACAUCUGACUCUGAAUCAGACUCUAAAGACACCUCAGGUAUUACAGAGGACAACGAGAACUCCAAGUCGGACGAGAAGGGGAACCAGUCGGAGAACAGCGAAGACCCGGAGCCCGACCGCAAGAAGUCCGGCAACGCGUGCGACGACCACGACAUGCGCUGCAACGACGAAGGCCACAGCUCCAGCAACGCGGACAGCCGCGACAGCGACGACAGCUUCGAGCACUCGGACUUCGAGAGCCCCAAGGCGGCCGAGGACGGCUUCGGCGCGCUGGGCCCCAUGCAGAUCAAGGUGGAGCGCUACGUGGAGAGCGAGUCGGACCUGCGGCUGCACCGCUGCGAGUCGCUCACGUCGGACAGCGCCAAGGACUCGGACAGCGCGGGCGAGGCGGGCGCGCAGGCCUCCAGCAAGCACCAGAAGCGCAAGAAGAGGCGGAAACGGCAGAAGGGCGGCAGCGCCAGCCGCCGGCGCCUGUCCAGCGCCUCGAGCCCGGGCGGCGGCGGCGGCGGCCUGGACGCGGGCCUGGUGGAGCCCCCGCGGCUGCUGUCGUCGCCGCACAGCGCCUCUGUGCUCAAGAUCAAGACGGAGAUCUCGGAACCCAUCAACUUCGACAACGACAGCAGCAUCUGGAACUACCCGCCCAACCGGGAGAUCUCCAGGAACGAGUCUCCCUACAGCAUGACCAAGCCCCCCAGCUCCGAGCACUUCCCGUCCCCGCAGGGCGGCGGCGGCGGCGGGGGCGGCGGCGGCGGCGGCGGCGGCGGGGCUCUGCACGUCGCCAUCCCGGACUCGGUCCUCACCCCGCCCGGCGCCGACGGCUCCGCUGCCCGCAAGACUCAGUUCAGCGCGUCGGCGCCCGCGGCCGCGGCCCUGGCCCCGGUCACCUCCGACCCGCUGUCGCCCCCGCUCUCGGCGUCCCCGCGGGACAAGCACCCCGGCGGCGGCGGCGGCGGCGGCGGCACCGGCACCAGCACCGGGCCCAGCGCGUCCAACUCCUUGCUGUACACUGGGGACCUGGAGGCCCUGCAGAGGUUGCAGGCGGGCAACGUGGUGCUCCCGCUGGUGCACCGGGUGACCGGGACCCUGGCGGCCACCAGCACGGCCGCGCAGAGGGUCUACACCACGGGCACCAUCCGCUACGCCCCCGCCGAGGUGACCCUGGCCAUGCAGGGGAACCUGCUGCCCAACGCGCACGCUGUUAACUUCGUGGACGUUAACAGCCCGGGCUUCGGCCUCGACCCCAAGACGCCCAUGGAGAUGCUCUACCACCACGUGCACCGGCUCAACAUGUCGGGACCGUUCGGCGGCGCCGUGAGCGCGGCCAGCCUCUCGCAGAUGCCCGGCGGCAACGUGUUCACCACGGCCGAGGGACUCUUCUCCACGCUGCCCUUCCCGGUCUACAGCAACGGCAUCCACGCGGCACAGACUCUGGAGCGCAAGGAGGACUGAGCCCGGCCGGCCGCUCCCGGACGCGGAGGAGAGGCAUCGUCGGCGGUUUCAUUUAGACCUUUAAUUCUAGCACUUUGAAUUCGAGCAGGUCAACGUCUUCUCAACACCACGGCCCCAUUCCACACCCUCUUUCUUUAACGUGACUCAUUCUUUCGUGUAAAGACAUGUUUAUCGCUUUUGUUUUUUGGGUUUUGGCUUUUUGUUUUUUGGUUUUGUUUUUUGCCUUCAGAGGGUCAGAUGACCAGUUGCCUGCCAUGUUGUCUUCUAAGAUGUGUGUUGGGUUGUUUGGCUUUCCUUUGCAUCUUUAUUAAGAUGUGUUUCAUGUGUAUAUGCCUCUGCCAUAGAAUACUCAGUCUUGUGGUCAAGAGAUUUUCUCCAGUGACAACCAUUGGGUUUUCUUCCUAUCGAUCUUGAUAUGAUCAAGAUGGAAAGAGACAAGCGGAAACGUUGUGCCCUGUUUGACUAAGUCAAAUGAAAGGGGGUGUUUUUUUUUCCUGUUCCUAAUUCCUUUGAAAAUAGGGAAUAGUAUUUUAGAAUUUUAUGCAGAAUUUAAUUCUUUUUAUGGUUAAGAUUUUAAGAUUUUCUUACUUGCACAUAAAAAUAAUUUCGGUUCUUAAACUUAAUUUCUGGCCUGUGACUAGAAUGUUUUAAAAAAAAGUUGGACUGUGUUAAUUACUGAAACAUUAACUUAAUUUCUAAAACCAUGGUGCUAUCAUUUAUUAAUCUGUAAUGUCUUCAUACAAAAUGCAGCUCCCGGGCUGGGUUUUGGGGAAAAAAAUGUGUUCUGUCCUGGUCUGGAGUCCCUUGCUACAGUCUCCUUGGUUAGUUAAGACAAAGGCCCUCAUUAACAUUUGCUGCAGGACUUAAAAUGUUUUACCUCCCAACUAACAAACAUAGCCUCAUUUUAAUGUAAUGGGUCAGUAAAGCCCUCUUAAAAGGGGCUUUUGGAAAACUCAAUCAAACUGAUUUGAGGAGCAGUUUAGGUACAUAACUACCUUUUGUUGAAUCUAUUAUUUUUCUUUUCUUACUCAGUCUAACUGAGGCUAAUUUUUACAACUUCAGUAACACUUCGGAGUAAAAGAAGGAAAAAUAUUUAACAUGUUUAUUUCUUUUCUUAAAAAAAGGAAGGUUGUAUUUGAGGGAACUGAUUUGAUACAAUUGAUUUCCCUUUCGUUCUUAUUUCUGGGUUGAAACCAAUAAGUUUUAAAACUUAGAGAAUGGGUUAAUAAGCUUCAGACAGAUAACUGCAACUGAAAACUGCACAUUAAAUGAAAAAAGAAAAAAAAGGAAAAAGAAAAAGAAAAAAAUAAUCCUAUCUUGUCUUUGUUGCCAGAAAUCAGUGUGGUGUCAAACACUCCAAAUGACUGUCAAGUAUAAAUUUUCCCACUUCGUUUUUGGCAGCUGUUUGUUAAGGCAUCUAAUACCAGAUGUGAGAACUGUAAUGUGUACAAUGUGUACGUGUCCCUGGCUGUCGGCCCCAUUGCAGUUUCAAUGUGUGUUUCUAUAUGCAGUAUAUACUAAGCUAAUGUAGUUGUUUGUCCUUUGUCUUCUCUGUGAUCUAUCUCUAGUCCGGAGUGGUACAGUCCCAUUCCUACAGUCUUAGUGAAUCAGUGGUUCUUGGGGGUUCGUGGUUUUGUGUGGUGGCCUUCCUCUGUAAUGUCACCCUAUACUGCUUCGACUGUCUGUGAAUCCUCUUGUUUUACUUUUCAAUUCCCUUCUGUUGUUUUGCUGGUGUAUAUUCUCCUGACUUCUCCUUUCUUGUCCUCCCUUUCCUGUCUCCCCUUUGCCUCUUCUGCUUUCCUCCCCUGGUGCCCCAAAUCUUAUUCAUUCUCAGAGAUAAAAAGACUCUUAACUAGCUCAAGGUUAAUGGAGCCAUUUUUCCCACAAUGGAAUUCUGGGUAUGACUCUGUUCUGGAGUGCUGUGCACAGCACUGAGGAAUAAUGCUCAGAUAUAGUAAAUAAAGCAAUGCCACACAGCCUCAGUUGGUAACAUUCCCAGAGUCCUUUGUGCUCUACCUAUAAGCAGUGGGUGCUUUCCUUUAGUUUCUUUACAGGUUGGCUGAUGGAGCAAUAUAUAAUUACCAGUGAGACAGAAAGUUAUUUCAAAGGUCAACCAACAUUUUUAAAAGACAAAAUGGGAGGGGGUAAUGAAAUAUAGAAUUGUCAUAUAUUUGUUUACUUGUGCAAUGCUAAUAUAGUAACUUGGCUGUCCUUUAAGUAUCACUGUGUUGAGUGGAUUCCUCUAGAACUUUUGAUUCCUUGAGUUGGGCCCAAGCCAUGGUGGGAUAAAAACUGAAGGAAGUUAAUGCCUCAAAUCUUAGUCGUGCGCUUCCUUGAAGGAUUCGCCUAAGUUUAGAAGAUGAAGAAGGCUGAUUGGGAAAUUCAAAGAUUAAUUUUGGAAGCUGUAGUCUAGCUAUGGAACAAUCAAAGGAAUGCACCUCUCAGCUACAAAGAACAGCUAGACAGCGGUUUUUUUUUUUUUCUUUUAUAAAUGUUUCUGUGUUGUGUCAAAAUGAUUUCUGGUGAUUUAAACUAACAGAUAAUCACAGCUGCUGUCGAAAUCCAUAGUGUUUAAAAUUACAAAAUGAAAAAAAAAAAACACUUCAUUACCUGUGAAGACUGUGUCUGUGUUUUUAACUAUUUCUUGUACAAAUAUAUGAAAACUUUUAUGAGAAGACUGGUGCCAAGUAGCUGAAUAAUGGGGAAAGGGAUAUUCUGUUCGUAAGAAUCUUAGCAGUGUUACCAACUCUACGAUAUAUAUAUAUAUAAAAAUAAUUAAAAUGUUACAAAGCGACAGCUAUGGUACAUUUGUUUUGUGUGAAGCUAACCGGACUUAACUUCCUGAGUGCCUGGCUUAUUUUGAGACAUUUUUUUUCAUUGACCAUUGAUAAUGCUGCAAAUCAGAAAUGUACAUACUUCAUUUACAACAGGGUUCUUUUUAUACUUUUGUAGAUUCUCAUACAUGUCACAUACAUGGUUGUCUUUAUGUAACUUAAUUUUUUCAUCCGCAGGUGCCAUUUUCAUAAUAAACUUCUCUUGGAUUUGUUA